UGUGUGAGUGUGCACACUUUUACUCUCCUACUUCAAGAGUUUGCUUUGUGCACACAGGAGUCAUGGUCAGCAGAUUUGAACAUCCAGCCGGCGGCUACAAGAAGAUCUUUGAGACAUGUGAGGAGCUAGCUGAGCCCCUUCCAGCAACAGUUAUAGGAAGGAUUCCAUCCUUUCUGAAAGGUAGUCUUCUGCGUUUGGGUCCGGGUCUUUUCGAGGUGGGAGACGAGCCCUUCUAUCACCUCUUUGAUGGACAGGCGCUCAUGCACAAAUUUGACUUCAAGAACGGUCAGGUCACUUACUUUCGCAAAUUUGUCAAAACUGACGCAUACGUGCGAGCCAUCACCGAGAAGCGUGUGGUGAUCACGGAGUUUGGAACGUUUGCUUAUCCCGACCCUUGCAAGAACAUCUUUUCCAGGUUUUUCUCCUAUUUCAAGGGUGUGGAGAUCACAGACAACUGCCUGGUCAACGUGUACCCUGUGGGCGAGGACUUUUACGCCGUGACAGAAACCAACUACAUCACCAAAGUGGACACAGACACCCUGGACACGCUGAAGAAGGUGGACAUGUGCAACUACAUUAACAUCAACGGCGUGACGGCGCACCCCCACAUCGAGAGAGACGGCACCGUGUACAACAUCGGAAACUGCAUGGGGAAAGGCGCCACGCUGGCCUACAACAUUGUCAGGAUUCCACCGACGCAGAAAGACAAGUCGAAUCCGAUCGAGAAGUCUAAGGUGGUGGUUCAGUUCCCCAGUGCCGAGAGGUUCAAGCCUGCCUAUGUGCACAGCUUUGGCAUGUCCGAAAACUACUUUGUCUUUGUGGAGACGCCGGUGAAGAUCAACCUACUAAAAUUCUUGAGCGCCUGGAGCAUCCGAGGCUCUAACUACAUGGACUGCUUCGAGUCCAACGAGAGCCAAGGAACGUUGUUCCACGUCGCCAGGAAGGACCCAGGAGAGUACAUCGACCUCAAGUUCAAAGGGGCGCCAAUUGGCAUGUUCCAUCACAUCAACACUUACGAGGACAAUGGCUUCGUUGUGUUUGACCUGUGUGCAUGGAAGGGCUUUGAGUUUGUGUACAACUACCUCUGGCUGGCAAAUUUGAGGGCCAACUGGGAGGAGGUGAAGAAGGCUGCCAUGAUAGCGCCCCAGCCGGAGGUCCGCAGAUAUGUCAUUCCUUUGGACGUCCACAAGGAGGAGCAGGGGAAGAACCUGGUCAGCUUGCCCUACACUACAGCGACUGCAGUAAUGCAUGCUGAUGGAACCAUCUGGCUGGAGCCUGAGGUGCUCUUUGCUGGACCUCGUCAAGCUUUUGAGUUCCCGCAGAUCAACUAUGAAAAGUACGCAGGGAAGAACUACACUUACGCCUAUGGCUUGGGACUCAACCACUUCAUACCUGACAGGAUCUGCAAGUUGAAUGUAAAGACCAAGGAGACCUGGGUUUGGCAAGAACCCGACUCCUACCCCUCAGAGCCCCUCUUUGUCCAGACCCCCGAUGGUGUCGAUGAGGAUGACGGUGUGUUGCUGACCAUUGUGGUGGCUCCCGGUUCGCAGAGACCAGGAUACCUCCUCAUCCUCAACGCCAAAGAUCUGUCCGAAAUCGCCAGAGCAGAAGUGGAGUGCACCAUCCCGGUCACCUUCCACGGCAUGUACAAGCCACAAUAGCCACUUAAGCAGUGAGACAUUAUAAUAAAGCGCUCCCUUCCAA